ACAUUUGUCAACAUUAGGAAUAUAACAUAUAAAAUCUCAUUCUGCCAAUAACUCACACUUGCCACUAGCCCCGGUAAGGAACCGAACAAUCACACAGAAAGUCCCAGAUUAACAUCACUGAAGACAUUAUGAAGCUGCUGUUUCUGGCUGCGCUGUUGGCAGUAUGGAUUCCACCGCUGAUAAGUACUGCAUGUAAAACUGUUGUACGUGUCAAGCAAGAAGCGAUGGAGUAUGCUUGCCAGACUCAGCGAAGAUCUUUCCAAAAUGCAUUUGGAAUCAUUCCAAUCCCUUCUGUUAUUCAAAAAAAAGAGGCAGGAAUAUUUGGAAAUAGCGGCAUUUUGGGCUUCGGAAGUUCUGUUGUGGGCAAUGCAAUUAAUCUUGUAGGGAUCAAAAUUCUGGAUGUCCAACUCCCUGAACUGAAUGUGAAGCUUGUACCGAAUGUUGGUGUCCAAGUUUCUGUAGAUACUAAACUUCAAAUCAGUGGGAAUAUAGUCAUUGUAGGAAACAUUGAUAUCAAAGUCGGAGCUGGCGUUAUUGCAGAUGUCACGGUCUCCAGGACAGCCAAUGGUUUUCCGAUACUCGGUGUUUCCGCCUGCAAGUCUAUACUGGGAGAGAUAAAAGUGUCUGCAGGAGGAUUUGGUUUACUUUCUACAGUUGUUGAAGCAAUUAAAGGACACAUACAUGCCGUCCUCAGUGACAGGCUCUGCGUGUCAGUUUCAAAUGUUUUCCUGGGCUUCAAUGCAAACCUCGGCCUGCUGGUUGGCAUUAAUCCCAUUGGUGGUGACCUUGGCUUACAAUACACUUUGCCCAGCUCUCCAGUGGUGAAUGGUGACUACAUGGACAUGAAUAUGAAUGCGGAAUACAUGGUGCAUGAGAAGGUUAUUGAGGUACCAACUGGUGCCAAGGAAUUCACACUCCCACCAGAUGCAGGCAAUAAGGACUCAAUGGUCAACAUGGGCUUUUCAGAGGACUUCUUCAUAUCCCUUUUUACAGCUUUUCAAAGUUCAGGAGCAUUUGACCUGGAAAUCCCAUCAACUUCUGCUUCUAUUGGCAGCUACCUGAGGACAUCUGUUCUAGGAUCCCACAUCCCUGAGAUCAGUUUGAGAUAUCAAAAGUGUCUACCUGUGGAUUUAAAAAUUGUGCUCAGUCAAUCACCAAUUGUCGACUUACAGUCCAACCGGUUAUCAGUACAGAUAUCUCCAUACGUAGAGAUGUUCGUGGUUUUACCCAACAGGCAAAUUCAGCCCCUUAUGACAGUCAGUGUGGGUGCUAACUUAGUUGCCAAGUUGGACGUAGAAGGAGGAAAGCUGAAGACUUCAGUGGCUCUGCAAGGAGACCUCAACAUUGCAAUUACAUCUACUUCUUUUGGAAAAUGCAGCUGUGAUCCAUCAUUACUGAAUGGAUACAUGCGAGCAGUGUUAGAGAAGGCAUACUUGCUUCAGAUAAAUGCUGAGCUGAAUAUGGGAAUAUCUCUACCAUCAUUACCAAAUGUACAACUUGUUCACGAAGCUGUGGAGAUAAAGGAGGAUUAUGCAGUAAUGUCAUGCGAUCUUCAAUAUGUCAAGUAAGCAGCGUCAACAUUCAAUUAUGGACAAGCAGCACAAUACCUAUGAAUAUCUUACAUCAAGUGGAAUUUUUUUUUAAAUAGAUGGAAUAUAAUUCAUGCUUUACAAACAAUAAAACCGUGCAAUACA